AUGACUCCUAACUACUGGACAUUAGUGCUGAUCGUCACCUGCACGGCGUUCUGCGGCGUCCUGCUGCUGAACGCUCAGCGGGGUUACGCCGAGUGGCUGCUGCCGCUCGUCAUCGUGUGUCUCUUCUCCUUCCUGGUGGCGCACUGCUUCCUGUCGGUGUUCGAGAUCGUGGUGGACGUCCUGUUCCUCUGCUUCGCCAUCGACACCAAGUACAACGACGGCACGCCGGGCCGUGAGUUCUUCAUGGACAAGGCUCUGAUGGAGUUCGUGGAGAGCAGCCGGCGGUUGGAGCGAGUUGCUAAAAGUGGGCGGAGCCGCGUGAAAGAGGCGGUGUCGGGGGGGGCGGAGAUGAAGCCCAUGGUGAGUGACAGCCC